AUAAAUUUUUUCAUGAUAUUCCUGAAAAAAUAAUUAAUGACAAACGUUACAUGCCAUACUUUAAAGACUGCAUUGGUGCUAUUGAUGGCACACACGUUGAUGCACGCAUCCCUGUUGAAGAGCAGGUCGCUUAUAUUGGACGUCAUCAUUCACCGACACAAAAUGUUAUGGCUGCAUGUGAUUUCAACAUGUGUUUCACAUUUGUUUCACCUGGUUGGGAGGGUUCGGCAGAUGAUGAACGUAUAUUUAAACAUGCAGUGAUGGAUCCGAAAUAUAAUUUUCCUGCACCACCUCCAGGAAAGUUUUACUUAGUUGAUGCAGGUUACCCUCUACAAAGGGGAUAUUUGAAGCCAUACUUGGGAACCAGAUAUCACAUACCAGAUUUUAGAAGAGAUAGUAGAACUAUUAUGGGACAUAAGGAGCUUUUUAAUAGUAGACAUUCCUCACUAAGAAGUGUAAUUGAACGUUCCUUUGGUGUAUGGAAAAAGAAAUGGGGAAUAUUAAGAGAUAUGCCUAAUUAUAGUUUUAAGAAGCAGCGUCUUAUUGUUGUUGGUACCAUGGGAUUACAUAAUUAUAUUCGACGACAUAUAUCACGAAAUGAUCCAGAUUUUAUAGACUGUGACGUUGAUGAAAAUUUUAUUCAUCCAGAGGCAUAUCAAUGCAGAGUAGGAGAGCAAAUUGAAGAAAGUAAUGUGUUAUAUGCCGAAGUAGAGUUUGAACUGAGAGAUAAAAUUGCAUUUGAACUAUGCAAUUAG